AUGGUGGGCAGCCGGCAGCGGCCAGAGACGGCGACGGUGGCGGAACUCCGGCCUCAGCUCGGUCUUCCGGCGAACGGGCGACGGAGGCGGCGGCGGCGGCUCCCCUUCACGAGGAGACCCGUCGGCUUCUCCCCCUUCUUUCGCUCCUUAUCCUGCAGACUUCUCCGGCGCACUUCCAUCUGCAAGGCCGGCGAUCAAGCUGGGCUCAAGCCUCCGUUUAAAAGCUCCGCAUCCCCGCCGCAGCCGACGGAAUCAACUUCAGAGGAGGAGGAGGAGGAGGAGGACGACAGCGACAUAAUGGAUGAAGACGACGACGACGAAGAAGAAGAUGUGGGCACCUACUGUUUUUCUCCAUUUUUUCCUCUUUGUUUCUCCUUACGCUUCGAUCUCCCUGUCGAAAUUUCUUUCCCUGUAGGUGGCGGAGGCGACGGUGCAGGUGGAUUUUGGGUUCUUCGACCCAAAGCCGGGGGAUUUCCAUGGCGUGAAGCUUCUUCUUCGAAGUUACCUUGGCGACCGGGAGUGGGAUGUCAGCGGCUUCGUUGACCUUAUCCUUGGCCAGACCACCGUAGGGACGGUGGUCAAGUCAGAGAGCCCGGAAGGAGAAGAACAAGAAGAAGGAGAAGAGGAAGAAGCUGCUGCUAGCGGAGAAGGUGGAGAAUCAGGCGAAGCUGAGGAUGUGGGACCUUAUGCUGUCAUUACUGCCCUAAACCUGGGAAGAUAUGGGGUAAUAAUCAUGGAUGCAUGAAAAAUUUUAUGAUCGGUUUUUUGAAUUUGUUGACAUUCUGAUUGCACCCAUCUUGAAAAACCUCAACUUUCUUCGAUCUUUCUCUAUUGGGUUCGGCUGGUUUUGUCUAUUUUAUUUUUUAGUUCAUGUUUUUUGAUUUUUGAUUUUAGUUCAAAUUGCAUCAUGAACAAUCUUUUCCACUGGCUUCUGCUAUUCUAUCUAUCUUUUCAGUAUAAUUCUGCAUAAUAUUAUAUGAUUGUUCAUUAUAUGUUGCAUUUUUAUUUCGAUUUAAGCUGCUAAAUUGUGAAUUAUCUGGUAAUCUAGAUGUCUUUUGAGCCGAUGGCCUCAUCGUUUUAUUGUUUUUUUUUUCUUCGUUCUUCACAACAGACACAUCAAUGCAUCAAGGAGCUGAAAAACUACAUCCUUGAGGCAUGCUGUGAGGAUCUUAUGAAGAAGAAGAAGCUACAACUCAUGCUCAGCGGGGAGGGAGCACACGAUGUUGGGCUCCUGGUCUGUGAACGCUUUGUGAACUUCCCUCAUCAGCCAGUAUCGCCCCUCUAUGAAGGCCUCUUCGAUGAGGUAUCAUGGGCGACCGAAGAUGAGGUCGAUCCGAGUUCUUGGUUCUAUCUUGCUCGAUGAACAUAAUAGUUCUGAUUUUAGGAAAAGAUGGGGCGUGUGUUUGAUUGUUCUAAUACUUACGUUUUUUUUUUCUCUUUUUUUUUCUUCUUCCAGCCGACACAGGAGCUUCGUGAUUCCUUUCGAUUCAAGUCCUAUUUGAUACUGACAAGAAUCUUCAUGGUAGGGAAAUCUCAGAUUCAGGGUUUUGAGUAUCUUUCUGAUCGAACAUUCUGACUUCACUGAUUGGGCAUGUGGUCAACCCAAGAUUCUAAGUUGGUUUUGAUGAUUUUUACUAAUCAUGCAAAUAUAUUUGCUUCUGGAUCAUAAUUUUUUUCCCCUCUGAAGUGCUCUUCAGAUGGCUUUCUACUUGAUACUUGCAUGAAUCUUCAUGUAUGAAUGUCUUAUGUCCUGGGCUUUUUAUUAUUAUUAUUAUUAUUAUUAUUUAUCGAAGAUGGUGAUGUUACUCAUUGGGUAUUUAGUCAACCCAAUAUUCUAAAUAUGAGUUCUCAUAUUUUUUAUGUAUCAUUUUAAUAUGUAUAUGCUUUUUAGAACAUAUUUGUUUCACCUGAAGUGUUCUUCCAACGGUUUUCCAGAGAAAGGACGCUGACUUUAGGGAAAGAUCAAAGAUCUCUUCAGGGAAAAAGGUAACAAUAUAAAAUAUGAAAACAUUUUAUGAAUUCUUUAAUCCCUAUUUUUGUCCUCACAUUCCAUAUUAUCCAUAGUUUCACUCUUUGAUAGCGUUCUAAUGCAAUCUGUUCUUCGGAGUUUAGACCAAGAGAAGAGUUUCUGAGGAUGAUGAGUCUAUUGUCUAUGUAAAGGCUGAAGAUGAAAUCUUUCUUAAGGUAAAAAUCUUAGUGCUCUAAUAUAGAGACAUUGGAUUAUUUAUAAUCCUUAAAAAAACUAUAAUAAAUAUUAACCUUUCCUUUUGUGACCUCAGCUCUGCUCAUUAUCCUUCACCGUUGACUUACCACGUAAAGAGCAAGUGGUUCCUCCUGAGGUACGUUCCUUGUCGUGGCUAAUUUCCAGCUUUCUAUUAUUGAUUUUUUUGAAAUAUUUUGGUUUGAACAUUAUUUUUUUCAUUAAUUUGAUCGUAAUCUUUCUCUAACUUUGCUGGAAUCAGUUAGAUAUUUUGAUUAAUGAUCACUCCAACAGAAAAAAAUAAAUCAAUUCUGCACAAUCUGAUUGGAGUUCAGAUUGUGCAGAAUUAUUCUUUGAAUGAUUCAUCAAGGUUCCAUGCAUUCUUGAUUUUUCUAGGAACAUUCUGAUUUCCUUUUAAUAUAUUUUUAAUCUCCUUUUUCGGUCAUUAUCUGAGGAUAAACACAAAAAAGUCGCCUUUUUCUGGAUAUUUAUGAUCUGAAUCUGCCUGCCCACAAAAUGAUAGAUGAAUAUUUUUUAAUGGGUGAAAAAUAAUGAGAAAUGUCCUGCUUGGGCUGCCCUUGAAUGAUCUAAAAAUUAUUGAUAUAUUUUCAGCUGAAGGGCUACAAGGAGAUGGCAUUAUUCAUGGUUGUUGAAUCAUGCAAAGUGCCUGCUUUUAGGGAGGAGCUCAAGUCCUUUCUACUGGAAGAUUGA